AUGUGCCGAUGUCGCCGUCAGCAGAUGCAUAUUGUGGAGACACUCUUCCUGAACCCCUUCGAAAAGUGGGUCUUCUAUGGAAGAUUUCCCUGCAAAUUCGUUGUGCAUUUGAUUCUGAGCGUCGUGGUCACGGCUCAGGCGGUGAUCUACUUUCAGCGGGACAUCCAACAUGUCUCCAGGACCAAUCAACAUUUUGUGCACAUGUUCACUUCACCUGAUCCACUCCAUUCACCAUAUGCCCUCCAAGAGGGCGUUGCUGCACUGAUCACCAACCACUUUCUGAUCAACAACCGUUCCAUCGUCAGAUACCAACUCCAGCACCCCGAUCAGAUGACUCUCUACUUGGGUUAUCGCAAUGAUGAAAGGCUCUCUGCGGGCGGUGGCACAGAUUCGGGGUAUCAUACGGAGAGUUUCAAAAGUCAUGCCCAGAUUAGUGGGAAUCGUUAA